AUGGCAGAAAAUAAGAGGAAAGGGGGGGCGAGAGGUUCCAAAGGCAAAGCAGUUGACGCGACUCGUCAGAGAACUCUGCUACAGCACUUUCAGAAGAAGAGCGCAGCUGUUCUUCCUGCUGAACCUCAAACCGGCAAUGCAGCACAGACCCCGGCAGUUUCGGAACAGGAGAGCCAAGCUUCUGAGGAAAGCACUCCCUUAGGGCCAUCGAACGCAGAGCUGGUCGUAGUGGUGAAAUCAAAAGAUCCAAAGGGGGCUACGACCGAUUCUCCAACUACGACGUCCCCGCCUAUGUCGCUCCCCACGUCCCAGAAUUCCCCCGGCUCUCAGGACAUCUCAAUUCCCAGCAAAGCCACGACGAAUUUGCGGUCUACUUCCAAUACCGCUGACAACAAUGAGGACGACAGCAUUCAUUCCCCUCACAGCAUGAAGGCGGCCCAGAGUAACACACGGCUCGGCACGCCGAUAUCUAUAGCUGAUACUCCACCACCCAGCAGCUCCUGCGUCGCUUCUCCUGAUGUUAUUGUGGUGGAGGAAGGGGGCAGCCGAGAUGAUCCUAUCGUCAUCGAACAGUCACCCGUACAGCCUCGGGAAGACAUACGACCAGCGAAACCAGUGUUCCCUAUAUUUGCACCUCGUACACGUAGCGCGAGAGAACCAACUCCUACCCCGUCCGCUCCGCAAGCCAAGGUCAAACCCGUAUUCCCUAUCUUCGCAGCCGCUCGGAAAACUGCCGGAACACCUGCUCCGCCCAGCCCUACCAGACGGGCGAAGGGAUCGGACGCACCUCUGCCUGAUACUGAACAGCAGCACCAACGCGGCACACAGACUUCUUUCCGUGCACCCCGACCACAUUUCGGGAAUCGAGACAAAGGCAAGACAAAGGCUACUGCAGAAGACGGACAGAAUUCCUUGCCGACUCUAAGCUCACAAAAGGAGGACAGUAGCCAUCUAUCUUCAUCGUCCUACUGCGCCGCCUACGGCCCUUCAUUCAGCUCAGAGCUGAUCAGCACUCUUCUGGAUACUGUUCCUAGGCAUCAUCGCGAAAACUAUCCUGCUAUUUCUCGGAUCUUAGAUUACCUCCGGCACAAUGAGCUCCAUUCAUCCUCGCAGCUGUGGACGGAGCGCUGGCGUCCGAAGCGUGCUGGGGAGGUUCUUGGCAACGAGGCGAAUGCGUUAUAUCUCCGGAGCUGGCUAGAAGCUCUGGCUUUGCAAAAUACCCAAGCAGAUCCAGAAAUUAUCGCGGGGUUGCCCGAGAACCCACAAGGCAAGAAGCGCAAGAGCAGGUCAAAGGCCAAGAGGAACAAAGAGGGGCGCAAUGCAAAGAAGCCCAAGAUACAGCGGACCGUGGAGAGACCCAAAGGUCGUAGAAGAAGGCGAAUAGAUUCAGACCUUGAGGACGAUUGGAUAGUGGAUACCGGUGAUGAGAGGGAGUCGGACAUGGAUGUCUUACCAGGAAGUGAAGACGACCUCACCUUCUGUCGUCAAGUAUAUUCUCGACUGCAUCCUACAUCUGAUUCCGUAGAGCCGGUAGAUGCCACUGCCGAGCCGCCCCAACCUGUUCCAGAGGAAGAGGGUCCUCGAAUACCUCCCAGCCAGCCCCAUUUCCGCAACAGACUCACCAACACGAUACUCCUGACCGGACCUCCAGGCUGCGGGAAAACUGCUGCUGUGUAUGCCUGUGCAGAAGAGCUGGGUUGGGAAGUAUUUGAGGUAUACCCAGGGAUAGGCAAACGAAGCAACACCAAUUUGGAUAGCCUCGUGGGCGACGUCGGCAAGAACCACACGCUUCGCAAGGGGGUCUUCCGCAAGCCAGCUGGACUCUUCACGAAGUACAACGAGGCACGCCCACAAACCGAGCGCAACUCCGUCGAUCCAGACGAAGCCAGCUCGAGAGAUCAAGAUAACCUUCCUCCCAGCCAUAGCCAAGAUUCCGGGUUCACUUCUCCUUCCAAAGGCAUCGAUGCGAGGGUUGAUGCCUUCGCCGCUACUAUCCCGCAAGAAGACAAGAUCCGCCAAUCUCUCGUGCUUCUGGAAGAAGUAGACGUGCUUUACAAGGAAGACCAAUCCUUUUGGCCCGCCGUUAUCAGUCUCAUUAAGGAUUGUCGAAGACCGGUGGUCAUGACUUGCAACGACCUAUCUUUGGUCCCGCUGCAAGACCUUCCUCUCCAAGAAAUCCUGACAUUUUCCCCGGCCCCCGCUGCGGUUACUGCUUCCUAUCUUCAAUGCCUCUCGCUCGCAGAAGGGUUCUGUAUCGAUCAUCGGUUUCUCACCGACCUGUGCAAAACGCUUCAAACCUGGGAUGUAGACGUCUUAACAGAUACGAUAGGUUGGACUCGGCACCAAGACCUGCAGGCAGGCUCGGAUCUUCGGAAGACAAUCAAUCAGCUCCAGUUCCUGUGCUCCGUCAAAGCGGCGUUCUGGUUGAAGAACAUUGAAAACCCGGAACUACUAGGAUCCGAUCCGCCCACUGCGAUUAGCACGGAGUAUAGUGGAUCUACCUCCGGCGCAGCGACUGAUGGAUCUUCGGACGCGAGAGCUCAGCUAGAGCUUUUGAGAGGAUUGGCGCACCAUACGGAGACUCUGUCAUUUUUAGACGGUGCGCUCAGUCGGAAAGCAUGGCAGAUGCCUCAGGUGUUACUGGAACAGGAGUCUCAACCUUCGGUUAGCGAUGAAACGGGGCACCGAAUGCUCUUCUCUGGGCCGACCGUUCAUGCCCUGGACGCAACCGCGCUGUACCAUUGGGACGAAGAUAUCAGGCAGGAAGUCCGGCAAUGGUUGUGGGAGAGCAUCGCAAGAAGCCCUUCCCUUCCACGAGGCCAUGACAGCUUCAGGACUCGUGGUCGAGGGAUUCCCGAGAUGCACGUCCCGUCCAGAACGCAUGUCUCUCACGUGGUGGCGGUACUUCGAUCAAUCCUGCCCUCCACGUUCGCGAUUCCCUCGGCGUCGCCGGAGCCGGCGUUGUUCCUAGACUAUUUGCCUUGGGUGAGACACAUGGUAGCCGCGGACGAGGAAGAGGAGCGCCGAGAGACUCAAAUCGCGAAACCUGGGCGCAGAACGCGAAACAGCCAGAAGUACGAACAGUACAUUUCUCUCUCAGACGAGCAGCGGAGCACACUGCGAUCCCUAGGAUUGCAAGCGGAAGUGUAG